UUUUAACCAAUUCCUGCAAGAGUACUGCAAAAGAUUCUACACAAUACAAUAAAGUCACAGAGAUUUCACUGCCACGAGAAUCCAGUAGAGAGAGAGAAAUAUGGAGAAGAGCAGGAUUCUUGUGGUAGGGGGAACUGGAUACUUGGGGAGGAGGAUUGUGAGAGCAAGCUUGGAUGAUGGACAUCCUACCCAUGUACUCUACCGGCGGGAGAUUGGUGUGGACAUCGACAAGAUCCAAAUUCUCAUGUCGUUCAAGAAGCAAGGUGCUCACCUUGUCGAGGGCUCCUUCUCUGAUCACCGAAGCCUUGUGGAUGCCGUAAAACAAGUAGAUGCAGUCAUAUGUGCCAUCUCUGGCGUGCACAUCAGGAGCCACCAAAUUCUCCUUCAGCUCAAGCUUGUGGACGCAAUAAAAGAGGCUAGAAACAUCAAGCGCUUCCUGCCCUCAGAGUUUGGGAUGGAUCCUGCAAGGAUGGGUCAUGCAAUAGCCCCCGGAAGAGUGACGUUUGAUGACAAAAUGGUGGUGAGAAAGGCCAUAGAGGAUGCUGCAAUCCCCUUCACCUACGUCUCUGCUAGUUGUUUUGCAGGUUACUUUGUUGGAGGCCUGUGCCAACCAGGGAAUAUUGUUCCAUCUAGAGACAGUGUCUGCCUGCUUGGAGAUGGAAAUGUGAAAGCAAUUUUUGUGGACGAGGAUGACAUAGCAAUGUACACCAUCAAGACAAUCGACGACCCCCGCAUGCUCAACAAAACGCUAUACAUCCGGCCACCAGAAAACAUCCUCUCACAAAGGGAGGUAGUUGAGGCAUGGGAGGAGCUCAUUGGCAAAAAACUAAGCAAGAGCAGUAUUUCAGUGGAUGACUUUCUCACUAACCUCAAAGGUCAAGACUAUGCUUCACAGGUAGGACUUGGGCAUUACUACCAUGUUUUGUAUGAAGGUUGCUUGACAAAUUUCGAGAUAGGAGAUGAAGGGGAAGAGGCUUCUCAGUUGUACCCAGAGGUCACGUACACUCGAGUGAAAGAUUACCUUAAACAAUAUGUGUAACAUGAAGGCUGUCAUGCUAUUGGACAUUAUACCAAAUUGUAAUGAACAGGUCAAGUCAUCAUUGGUAGUGAUCAUGAAUAUGUCUCUUGGAGUUUCCAAGUAUUGUCUACCGAAAUUCCAUGUAGCCUAAUUAAUAGCUAUAUCUUUUGGGAUGGUAGAGUGCAUUAGUAAGGGGACACCAGUUAAGGGACAACAUGUAACUGUAUAAGUCCUUUUAAAGUCAUCUUUAAUGGUUUAAGAAGUGAUGUAAUGAGAAGUAACAUGAUAAUUAUCCUUUUCUCUCCA